UGAAUGAAUAAAACAAUAUUAGCGUUAAAAAUAAAAGAAAAACUAAAAAUCAAAUAUUUGGGGGAAGUGGGAGGUUGAGUAGUGAUUUUCAAAUAGAUAUUUUGGAAAUAAUUUUCAAGCUGCAACGAUGGUGGGUCGGUUCUGUUUCUCCAUUUCCGCCAUGGAUACGACAUUGAAGAACCUCUUGCUUUAAACUGUAGCCCUAAGAAGAAGAAAGAAAUAAAAAGAAUCUGAAAAUUUCUCAUCUUUCAUUUUAAUACUAUUUCUUUUUCAGUCCCCUCUUCUCGAUAUUGUUUAAUAAUUUUUCUCUCCUUUUUCCCCAAUUUCAAAAAGCUCUCUCAAAUCUCUCAAUCAGAUGCAUCCAAAAUCCAUGGCUUCCGCGUACUUUGCAUUAUUAAAAAGCAUCAAGCCCUCAUAGGGUCUCGUGUUCUUGCCCUCCAUCGGAGAGAGAGAGAGAAGAAUCCUCAAUUUGCUGUCCCAAUCUUCGUGCCGUUUUCUGUUUGGAUCUUCAAUAACACUCUUCAAAAUCCGCGUUAAUGGUGUUACUCUUACCCAUUACUCCUUCUUCUUCAUUCUUUAUGAAGAGCAACAUUCACUGCCAUUGCCAUACCUCUCACUCUUACAUUUUACUUCCUUCUUUCCUUCAAUGGCUGCUUACGCUUUGCUCAACGAUUCCACCCCCCGUGGUGUUAAUGGCGGUUUUGAUGAUAGUCCUUUGACUAGUGCUUCCACUAAUAGCAACGGUAGUGACGAACUUAAUCAUCAGCAGAUAGUUCAGGUUCCUCAACCAAGAUUGCCGGUUGGAAAAAUGGUGAGGAAGAGAAUCGCCUCGGAGAUGGAGAUUGAAGGACUCGACAGCGGCGGCGGCGGCGGCGGCGGCGGCGGCGGUGGAGGUGCUGCUGCUGUUCAUCCACGGUUUUGCCGAAGGAGUCUAGCUUCUGAUCGUCCUUUUGGAGAAAAUAAGACGAAUAUGAAUUAUUGUUCUUCUUCUUCAAACCCUAGCCAUGGCGGCAACCACUCCACUGUUGUGCAUAAUUUAACCGCUCUGACGUCAGUUGUAAUCGAAGGGUCAAAUUUAUCAAAUCCUCCUUCUGGUUCUGAUGCUACGGUCUCUUCCACUACUUCCAACAACAAUCUUCUUGAUAGUACUCUUCCUGUUCUUCGUCCUCAACCCCACCAUCACCAUUUGCAGAAUCCUGCAGUCUGUGGUUUUUCUGGCUUGCCUUUGUUUCCACCGGAAUCAAAUCACCACCAUAAUAAGUUAAAUACUCGUAAUAACCCUUUUCCUCUUCCUAAUCCAUCUCAGGUUCUUCUUCAUAAUCCUCCUACUACUGCUACUACCUCCAUUAUCGCCGCCGCUUCUUCUCCCAUGGAUGAUUCCUCCGCCACUGCUUGGAUCGACGGUAUCAUUAAGGACUUAAUCCAUAGCUCCACUGCCAUAUCCAUUCCUCAGCUCAUUCAGAACGUUCGUGAGAUUAUCUACCCAUGUAACCCAAAUCUUGCGAAUCUUCUUGAGUUUCGUCUUCGUACUUUGACGGACCCUAGUGUUCCUAACUUCGCUACUGAGGAUCAUCGAGUGAGAAAGUCCCCUUUGCCGUUGCCGGCGCCGGUUGCUGGACUGGGGUUGCAGCAGAGGCAGUUUAACCAAGAGCAGCAUGAACAAGAACAUGAUUGUUCUGGAUUAAAGCUAAAUCUCGAUUCUACUUCUCUGCAUAAUCUUUCUAAUUUUCCCUCUCAGCCGCCGUUUCAUGAGCCGUAUCUUCAAUGGGGGGCAACCCCUCCGCCUGUUCCCACUCCCUCCGCCGCAGCCGCCGGCGAGGAUGCCUUACAGCGCCUCCCUGGUCAUCAUCAACUUAAUCUAUCGUCCGUUACACCAUCGUCGCUUGUUCCUUUAAAUCAUGUCCCUUCUAAGCCACAAUCAGAACAGCAGAACUCUAGUACUAAGGCGGCGGCGGCUGCACAGCCAGCUCCAGCACCACCAUCAACGAGCAAUAACCCCUCAGCGACUGCUUUGCUGAUUAGAGAGAUAAAAGAGGAGAUGAGGCAGCAGAAGAGAGACGAAGAAGGGCUACAUCUCUUGACUUUGCUUCUUCAAUGCGCAGAAGCCGUUUCAGCUGAUAAUUUAGAAGAAGCCAACAAGAUGCUCUUGGAAAUCUCUGAGCUAUCGACACCGUUCGGCACAUCGGCGCAGAGGGUGGCGGCGUAUUUCUCCGAAGCAAUGUCGGCGAGGCUUGUGAGCUCUUGUUUGGGCAUAUAUGCAGCUCUGCCGCCGUCGUUGGUGCCCCAUACACACAGCCAGAAAAUAGCCUCAGCCUUCCAAAUCUUCAAUGGCAUAAGCCCAUUUGUCAAAUUUUCACAUUUCACAGCCAAUCAAGCCAUACAAGAGGCUUUUGAAAGAGAGGAGAGAGUUCACAUCAUAGAUCUAGACAUCAUGCAAGGGCUUCAAUGGCCUGGCCUGUUCCACAUUUUGGCGUCUAGACCCGGUGGGCCGCCGUACGUCCGCCUUACAGGGCUGGGGACCUCUCAGGAAGUUCUUGAAGCCACCGGCAAACGCCUAACUGAAUUUGCUGAGAAGCUUGGCCUUCCGUUUGAUUUCUUUCCCGUGGCUGAUAAAAUUGGCAAUCUAGACUUGGAAAGGCUCAACGUGAGCAAAAGAGAAGCCGUUGCUGUUCAUUGGAUGCAGCAUUCUCUUUAUGAAGUUACUGGUUCCGAUUCCAACACGCUAUGGCUUUUGCAAAGAUUGGCUCCAAAAGUUGUGACGGUGGUGGAACAAGAUCUGAGCCACACAGGCUCUUUCUUGGGGAGAUUCGUUGAAGCCAUUCAUUACUAUUCAGCACUGUUUGACUCAUUAGGUGUGAGCUAUGGCGAAGAGAGUGAAGAAAGACAUUUAGUGGAGCAGCAACUAUUAUCGAGGGAAAUCAGAAACGUGUUGGCUGUCGGAGGGCCGUCGAGGAGCGGCGAAGUGAAGUUCCAAAACUGGAGAGAAAAGCUGCAGCAAUCUGGGUUUAAGGGGAUUUCCCUCGCCGGAAAUGCUGCAACUCAGGCCACUCUCCUCCUCGGAAUGUUCCCUUCCGAUGGGUAUACGCUUGUAGAAGACAAUGGUACUUUGAAACUUGGGUGGAAGGAUCUUUGUUUGCUCACGGCGUCGGCUUGGAAGCCGCCGUUUCAUCAUCAUGCGGCGGCGGCGGUGGCGGUCACCAACAACCAUAUUCCCCGUUACUGAGGUUCUUUCUUUUUCCUUAUGAUUAUUUUUUUUUAUAAAAAAAAUCUAUAUAGUGUUGUUUUUUCUAUUUUGAUAAUAUCAUCAUCUUUUGUGUUAUUAAUUUUCCCUUUCUUUUAUGGCCUUCCCCACCAAUCAUAAUGUCAAGCUUUUGAGUUUGAUAUUCUUGUUAUGAUUAUAGCCUUUUUCUCAUGUCCAUUGUAUACCAAAUUAUCUUUGCCUUUUAAAUAAUUCUCUUUUUGCUCUCAAA